CACACACACAUAUACUCCUUUUGUGUAGUCUGUGUAAGAGGCAUGCAGGAUAAAAAACCCUCCCACAUUUGAGUCAACUUAGCAUCACAAGUAGUACUAGCUUUUUCUCCAAGGGAUUUACGCGGAAAAGAACACGAAUUUGUACCAGAAAAGGGCUGAUGAGGAGCAAAGGCAAGGGGAAGAAGAAGAAGACAGUCGUAAACAAAGAAGAAAAUGCGGAAAGCUGGUGCUUCGUUUGCAAAGACGGUGGAGAUCUUAUCAUAUGUGAUCACGCGGGAUGUCGAAAAUCUUAUCACCCUUCUUGCUUGAAGAAUGAUGACUCGGUUGUAGGAAGUGAAGCCAACUUUAUUUGUGAUUGGCAUACUUGCUCAAUUUGCUGUAAAAGGUCCAGCAGCCUUCACUGUUAUACCUGCACACGUGCUGUUUGUCGUCGCUGCCUUCACCAUCUAGAAGUUUUCCGAGUCAAAGGAAAAUAUGGAUUCUGCAAGCACUGUCUGAAACUUUCUCUACUUAUUGAAGGCGACAAGGAUUAUGACUCUGAUGGGGAAAAGGUGGAUUUUGAAGACUUGAAUACAGUUGAGGGUUUAUUUUGGGAAUAUUAUAUGAUCAUCAAGAAAGAAGAAGGAUUAGAGCUUCAGGAUCUUUAUGCUGCAAAAGAUGGGGUGAAGACUAUGAAUAUAUCCGAAUCUAGCUCAGAAGAAAAUCACGAAGAAGAUGAGAUAUCUGAUUAUGAUGGUGCAGAGCAUGUUAAAAAAUGCAGGAGAACAUCCAGUGAAAAGAGAUCUGGGAGAAAGAAGCUUGGUUUCCAGAUACCCAUGAAAUUAAGUAAAAAUGAUUUUAUUGGCUGGGGAUCAAGAGCCCUUAUUGACUUUCUCAGUUCAAUUGGUAAAAGCACUGACGAACAAUUGUCUCAUGGUGAUGUGACUUCAAUUGUGUAUAUGUACGUAAAAGAAAAUAAACUAAUGCAUCCAGAGAAGAGGAAGAUGAUAUCAUGUGAUGCUCUUUUACAGUCUCUUUUCAGGAAGAAAACAAUAACUAAGAAUAAAGUGCAUGAGCUUUUGAGGGACCAUUUUGCAGAGUACCAUGAUGAAUCAGAAGAAGAUGGGAUGGGAUAUGAUUCAGAGGAUGAAAAUGCAGGCAUUUCAGAUGUAUGUAAGAAACAAAGAAAACUCAACACAGAGAGAAAACCUCCAGAAAAAGAGCUAGUAGACGAUGUGCCACUGGGUUGUUUUGCAUCCCUUGUAGGCGAAAAUGUAAAACUUGUCUACUUGAGGAGGAGCUUGCUAAUUGAUUUGCUGAAACAGCCUAAAUCGUUUGCAGAAAAGGUUGUUGGAUGCUUCGUUCGUGUUAAGUCUGAUCCAUAUGAUUAUUGUUCUAGGAAUUCUCAUCAACUAAUGCAAGUUAGAGGUGUGAAAAGAGAUUCAAUUUGUCAAAAUAAUAUUGAGGCAGAGGCCAUCCUUCUAAUCUCUGCUCUGCCUGGAGAAAUUAGCACGAGUCAGCUUUCAGAUGAUGAUUUCUCUGAGGAAGAAUGUGAAGACUUGAGACGAAAAGUAUUAGCAGGUCUGCUUGAAAGGCCUACAGUGGUGAGUACUACUAUGACUUCAGUGAGCAGACCUACUGCAGUUGCACUCGCAGAGUAUCUUCAACAGAAAGUCAAUAUUCUUCAUGAGGAUCUGAUGAAGCAUUGGGUAAUUAAAGAGUUAGCCUUGCUGAAAAAUCUCAUUGAUCGAGCCAAUGAGAAAGGGUGGAGACGCGAACUUUACGAGUACCUUGAGAAGAAAAGGAGACUACAAACUCCAUCCGAAGUAUCAAAAUUGCUGGCAAGUGUUCCUAAAGUGAUUCCUGAUCGAUGUGAGCUUCAUCACAAUCCCGAAGAUACUGUAAAUGACAUGAGCAUUGAGAAAGACUCCCCUAAGGCAAACCUUGAAUGUAAUUCCCCUGUUACUAAUCAUGGAUGGCAGGAUGACAAAGAAUCAGAUGAGAAGACUCGCCAAUGCAAUCCAUCGCCUCCAGCAAGAAAGGAAUCCAUAUUCAAAGAGCCUGAGGAUGACAAUAUGACCAGUAGAAAGGCAUCGCAACCCACUGGUGAGGCGAGACAAAUUAAGCUGGGGGGAGAAGAAUUGAAAACGUGCUCCCAGAUGACAACCUCUCAUGAGCAGGCAACAAGAACCGGCUGCAAGGCUUCGGACAUGGCUGUUAUUGAGGUACCCAGUGAUGUUGAUGAGGGUGGCGAAGCUACAGUUGUUCAGGAAGAUGAGAAUACUGAUGACUCAGAAUGGUGCCUUGAGACCCCAACUGGCGAGCGGAGAAAGUUCCAGUCGUCUGUGUUGAAAACUUGGAGCCAGACCUGCCUGUAUGCGUCCAAAUUCAAGGUGUGGAGGGAAGGUGAGAAUGAAAAUACUGCAGUUUGGUUGUUUGAUGCCUUUCCAAAGAAAUAGGAGUAGCACUUUGGACUAACACUAUUGCCUUUUCUCUCUUACAAUUAGAAGAUUAACAACUGUGUGUGAAUAGUAUCUAUUACCGCAAGAUGGAUUUGGCUCCCUUCCCUUCUAAGUUGUUAGGUUAUGAAUUUUCGGGCUGGAAAAUUUUGUUUUUCUGCAUUUUUGCAUCAUAAAGGGAAACAAUCUGACGAAGGAAAAUGAGGAGUACCAGAGUCCCCAGGGCAGAGCCAAAGUUUAGUUGUUAAGAAGUUUUGUAUUUGGUUCAAGCCACAUGAUCACAUGUGUAAAUAGAAAAUAAUUGUUAAUCCUAUUUAAAAAAUGUCAUUUGGGAUGUAAGAUCUUAACUGGAGCCGGAGCCGCAGCCGCACAAAUGCGUUGCGGGAAUGGUUGUCAGUCCGGUCCGUAAAUGGCGCACCCUUUUUUCCAUUUCUUUUUCCUUUUUGUUUUCUUUUGUCCUUUUCAUUAUUUUGGGGGAAUUUUUUAUUUGAGAAAUGGGAGAUUUUUACUUUUUAGUGUUGGAUAAUACUGAGUGGUUUUAAUUCGAAGGAUGUAAAUUGAUUUUUGCAAUAUUCAGUGAUUUAUAUGUUAA